CUCAGCCCCCUCCACUCAAACCUCACCUUCCUAUAAAUCUCACUCACUCGCACCAAAACCAUUGGAAGUCUUGAAACCCACUUCUCUCUCUUCACUCUCUCUCUUUCUCUCUAGCUCUCUAAAAAAGGAAAACAACAACAAACAAAAACAACUCUCUUGAUUGGGAGCUAUAACAUAAAAAUCAUGGCAGCUACAAUCCAACAAAUUCUACAUACUACUAAAGCCAAUAAUAGUAGUCAUCACGUCACAUUGUCAGACAACUUUCGGCCCCGUCCGCAUUCUUUCGGGCAGGUUUCGUUGCCCAUCAAAUCCCACACAAAAACUUCAAUUUCUUCUUCUUCUCUAACAGUCGACGCUGCUACUUUUCUAGCAACACUACCCACCACAGCCACAACCACAACCGUAACUUCAACCUCCAUGUGUCAGCCUUCUAAGCCAGUUACUUCUAAACUGGCCGAUAUUUGGAGAGAGAUCCAAGGCUCACAUAACUGGGAAGACCUUGUCGACCCAUUACACCCUUUACUAAGAAGCGAGAUAAUUCGCUACGGAGAAUUCGUUUCUGCUUCUUAUAAGGCCUUCGACCUCGACCCAAACUCCAAACGCUACUUGAAUUGCAAGUACGGGAAGAGGAACAUGAUGAGAGAGGUUGGCUUGGAAAAAUCAGGCUACGAAGUCACCAAAUACAUUUACGCCACACCUGAUAUCAACAUCGGCGAUACAUGCAGUCGAUGGAUCGGUUACGUGGCAGUGUCGACUGACGAGGCAUCACGCAAGCUGGGAAGAAGGGACGUCGUUAUUACCUUCAGAGGAACCGUCACCAACCCCGAGUGGGUGGCGAAUUUGAUGAGCUCCUUAACACCGGCAAGGCUUGAUCCUCAUCAUCCUCGCCCCGAUGUUAAGGUGGAAUCGGGGUUCUUGAGUUUGUACACAUCGGACGAGAGCUCGAGCAAGUUCGGGACCGAUAGCUGCCGAGAGCAGCUCCUUUCGGAAAUUUCGAGGCUUAUAAACAAGUACAAAGAUGAAGACAUGAGCAUAACCUUGGCCGGACACAGUAUGGGGAGCUCAUUAGCCGUUCUACUAGCGUACGACAUCGCUGAGCUCGGUUUGGCUAAAAACGACAACAUCCCAGUUGCCGUUUUCUCGUUUGGAGGGCCGAGAGUGGGAAACUCAGAGUUCAAGAAGCGUUGCGAGGAGUUGGGUGUCCGAGUUUUGAGGAUUGUCAACGUGAAUGAUCCUAUCACGAAGAUGCCUGGGGUUCUAUUUAACGAGAAUUUUAGGGUUUUGGGAGGAAAGUACGAGUUCCCUUGGAGUUGUUCGUGUUACACACACGUGGGAGUUGAGUUGGUCUUGGAUUUCUUCAACAUGCAAAAUCUUUCCUGCGUUCACGAUUUGGAGACUUAUAUUGGUUUAUUGAAAUGCCCCAACAACAGCAGUGUAGACGUUGACCAAAAUUAUAGCAAAAGGGAUUCAACGACUACUAAUUUUGACAACAUUAAUAAUCAUGUUAUGAUUAUGGGUGGGGAAUUUUUCGACAGAGCUAAAGAUUUGAUUUUGAGUGCUCAGGAUUUCAACAUGUUGCCAUGGUUAUGUGUUGCUGGCAAUAUGGUGAGUUUGGUGCAGUCACACGGACUAGAUAAUCAACUAGAUUUUUUUUAGUUAAUUAGCUAGAUGCUAUAUAUAUGUAGAUUAAUAUAAUUAGAGUGUAGAUUAUGAGGAUGAUCAAGAGUAAUUAAAACUCAGCCUUAUGAAUUUUAAAUAGGGUAAUGAGGGAAUUACUAAAUUAUGUUUAUCGAUCGAGUGAUGAGAUCAGUGAAUUAAAUAUAUAAUUGUACAUUAUGCUUGAUUUUGACAGUACUUUUGAUACAAUCUAUAUGUAGAUCAAGGCCUCUGCAAAUGAAUCAGUGGUUGUUAUGAUAUGUCGAAAGAUUUUGUAGUUGUACCUAAUUGAUAAAUCGAUGCUGAUCGAUAUUCGAUAUUAUACAUACAGAUUUCAACUUCUAA